AUGCGUCCCGACGAUGGAGCUUCAACUUCAAACGCAAACGGGUUUUCUCCCAAAUCAAAUGGCUCAACCGCUUCCUUGAAAGCCCUUGUUUCCACCUCAGUUAACGGCAGAUCUCCUCAUUCCAGUUCUAAUGGCCAAUCCCAAGCAAAUGGUUCGGGCAAGUCACCCGCAUCUCUGUCACCUACAUAUUUUGGCCAUGAUCGGGAGGAGGUGACGAGGAUCCUGAUUCAAAGCUUACAUGAUCUGGGAUACAACGAGGCUGCGUGUACUCUGAGCCGGGAGUCUGGGUUUGAGCUGGAAAGCGUCGCUGCAGCUUCAUUUAGGUCAUCAGUACUUGAUGGACGGUGGGCAGAUGCGGAGGAUAUUUUGCUUGGCUCGUAUCAUCCAGAUGGAGGAGGAAAUGGGGCCAGUGGAGGGGAAUGUAGAGGCGGAGGGAAGGCUAUUCUCCGUAAGGCCGACACCGAUCUGCUUUCUGAGCAUGGCCCUCUUGUUUUAGCUGAGGGGGCAGAUAGAAAUGAGAUGCUCUUCUGUUUAAGGCAACAAAAAUUCCUCGAAUUGCUAGAGCAACGAGAUCUUGGAACGGCAUUGAUGGUUCUCCGGCAGGAGUUGACGCCGUUAAACCACGAUAUCGCUCAGCUACAUGCACUCUCCAGUCUUUUGAUGUGCCCCGCAGAAAAUUUACGAGCGCAAGCGGGUUGGGAUGGUACAGUACUGCAAUCACGGCAGAGGCUGCUAGGCGAGCUAUCAAGAUCUAUAUCGCCUGCUGUUAUGAUUCCCGAUCACAGAUUAGCAGCUCUGCUGGACCAAGUUAAACAGACUCAGAUCAACCAAUGUCUAUACCACAACACCGCUGAACCCCCUUCACUUUAUUCAGAUCACCAGUGCGACCGAGCCCAAUUCCCUUUGCGAACAUCCUUCGAACUGAGUGAACAUACGGAUGAGGUCUGGUAUCUCGAAUUUUCCCAUGAUGGCACCAAACUUGCAACGACUGGCCGUGAGAACAUCGUGAUCAUAUACGAUGUUGCAACUUUCAGCGUCAUCCACAGACUAACGGACCAUGGCGGCCCAGUUGCAUAUGCAACAUGGAGUCCUGAUGAUUCCAAGCUCAUCAGCUGCUCUCAGGAUUAUAAAGCUCGGCUGUGGGAUGUGGAAACUGGGCAUUGUAUCCUUACCAUCGAUCACCAUCAUGAGCCAGUAACUUCUGCCGCAUGGGCACCAAAUGGUGACUCCUUCGUCACCGGUUCCCUUGAUUGCCAAUCCCAACUCUGCCAUUGGAGCGUGGCAGGCGAAUCCCUCUACAAGUGGACCGGCCAAUACAGAGUACGAGACUGCGCCAUAUCUCCCGACGGCCGUCGACUCAUCGCCAUAUCCACGGAGAAAAGGAUCUACGUCUACAAUUUCGAGACUCGAGCCGAGGAAUAUAAUAUGUCCAUAAAGCUAGACCUCACAUGCAUUAAUAUAAGCCUGGAUUCGAGAUAUAUGUUGCUAAACACCUCGGAAUGCGAAAUGCAGUUGUUAGACAUCGAAACAAAGGAAGUUGCCCGACAGUAUUUGGGGCAGAAGCAAGGGAACUAUAAUUAUAUUAUCAGAAAUAGUUUUGGUGGCGCUGCGGAGAAUUUCGUCGUGAGUGGUAGUGAAGGUAAGCCGAUAAAAGUCCGCCUCAUACACCGGUUUUCUACGUUACUGAGAAAGGACAACUCGAUAGAUUCCAAAAUCCACAUCUGGCACAAGGAGAAUUCGACGCUCGUUGCAACACUUCAGGGUCACGGUGCAGGUUGCGUCAAUGCUGUAUCGUGGAAUCCAAAGGAUCCCGGAAUGUUCGCUUCUGCAGGGGAUGACCGAAAAGUUCGAAUAUGGACAAGAGAUCCACCAACCCGCACACCCGUUUCUGGGAAAGUACGGAUGGUAUCAUCGAACGGUUCGGCACGGACAAGCGCGCUACGGUCUACAUUCAAUCGAUCCCCGAACUUCUAA